UGUGUUUAUUUCUGAACCCAAAGAGCAUAGCCAGCCAGUCUGCCAGUAGCGUCCGUGGUGAGGGGAGGUGUGUCGCCCCGCUCUCUGUCCUUUUUUUACCCCACCCACAGCACAAAAAUGGUGAUAAAAGUGUAUGUGUCGUUGAUCUCUUGCAGUCAGGAGGUCAAGAAGAACCAGCAACGGGCGGUGAUGAUCCUGGAGAGCAAGAACAUUCCCUUCACCACCAUCGACAUCACGGACCCCGGCCAGGAGGACUCAAAGGAGUACAUGAACGAAAAUGCCAAGCCCAAGGGGAACAACAGAGUGCCCAUGACCCCACAGCUCUUCAACGAGGCGGAGUAUUGUGGGGACUUCGAUGACCUGGACAUGGCUAACGAGAAUGACCAGCUCGGGGAAUUCUUGCGACUCACCGAGGAUGAGAAGAAGAAAAUCAAGAUCGGCAUCACCGGCAUCCUUCCCGAGGAGCGAGCGAAGGCCGAGCAGCAGAAGCAGCAGAUGACCAAUGGGGUAUCGGCAGCAAGCAGGGAGAAUGGCGAGCAGGAGGCGGACACCGGGGACCAGGGAGGGGAGGCAGACGCCCAGCCCGAGGAGGCACAAGAUGCUGAGGGAGGAAACGCAGUGGUGGACGGGCCGGAGGGAGGGGCAGAGUUUGAGUUUCGUGGGGAGGAGGGGGCAGCGGAGGUUGGGGAGGCUGCCGAGGUGAGAGAAGCAGGAGGAGAGGUGGAGGAGGGAGGGGAGGAGGCAGGAGGCAUGGAGUGGCCCGUGGAGGAGCAGGACCCCUUUGCCGCGCCGGUGGAAGGAAACUCGACGGCAGUACAAAUGGAAGACGAAGCUGAAGCAUAAGGGUGAGGCCGGGCAAGGGGGACCAGCCACCAACCUGCAGGGCCAUUCCAAGGGAGCCUGUGUGAUCCUGGGGGCCACUCCUUCCAUCCUAGCCAGUCCCAAGACCCAGGAAAGUCGCAGCGUCGAGAAAAGUCCACCUCUCCGUCAUCUUGGGUUUUGCUGCUCCUGAGGCUGUGAUUGGCUGUGGCUUUUCCUGCUGAAGUCCUCUUAUGAAGUACUCUCUUUUUUUUUUAUACCAUUUAGUUCCUUAUUUGAUUUACGAGUUUAUUAUUAUUGAGUUCUUGAGUUUAUUUCCUCCAUUUGUUAUCAUUUUAGUCAAUCUCUGCCUCUUUUGUAUUAUUAUUUCGGAGGGUCUUCACUUUUUUUUCGUUUAUAUCGCACUUAUUUGUUUUUUACCAUCUCUUAGUGCCUUAUUGGGUUGUUAAAUAUCUUCCGCUUGCUUUACUUUCAAUCAUAUUAUUUGCGAAGUCUUUUUAUCUCUUCUGUUUAUAUUGUUUUGGAGGAAUCGUUUAUCUCUUUCAGUUCUAUAAUUUUGGGCGCCUUCAUUAUCAGAUCGUCUGAAAAUCGAAGGCCCACACAUUUUGUCUUCUGUGAUUAUGUACUGUAGCAAUCACACCAUGCAUUAAAGGUCACUAUAUACUACACUCACACAACUGAAAUAGGUCACAACUCAUAAAAAGGUCAACACACACUUAUGCACACACCCAAAGCCGGCUGAUGAAAAAUGUAUGACUAAAAAAAGGAGAAAGGGGGGACUGUGCCAUAUUGAUGUUUUGUACUGUAUUAUUUCCUUCUUCCUCUCCUUCACCCCAGGACUCCUUAACACCCUUCUACACCCCACGAACAGGCUGCCUCACACUGCCUGGCCCUGACCCCUUCACCCUCACUCCAUUGAUUCAAGCUCUCAGUAUUGGUUUCGACAUUAUCUUAACCUAAAAACUCAAGCACAGAACCGAAACAUGUGCAUUUACUCUGUUUCUUUUUUCUACUUGUUAUUAGUGUCAGGGAGUAUAGAAAAAAUCUUGUUCCUGUGCCUGUAUAUUUUUUUCCUUUUGUUUUUCUUUCCAUCUCUUCUUUCUGCACUGCCAGUAUGGAGAAGGAAAUCAGGCUUGUGAUCUAUAUCUGCUUGUAAAUCUACUUGUGCCUUGGUCUGAAGUCACUGCCGAGGAUAUGUUGUUAUGAGGCGGGCUCUCCGAUAAGCAGUAUUACCACCAUCACCACCACCUUCACUUCCAUCACCACCAAUACCAUGUGCAGCAUUUCAUAGGCUUUCGGUUCUUCAUUGUAGACUACUCACUGAAUUGCCACUUCCUUUUGAAUAUGUAAAUGAAUACCAGACAGGAGGAGGUACACAGCUCUUAUCCUAUCUUGAGGUUUGCUGUUCAGAAGUUGAAGAACACUGUCAAAGGGUCAUCUGCUUUGUCCCACGAUCAGCCAAAUGCUUUCCCAGUGAUAAAAGCAUUCCUGGCCGCUGUCUAGUUUAAUUAAGUGGUGGUCGAGGAAGGAAAAUGCUAACUAUUGACAAACUACAAGAGGAACCAUGUCACGUAUUACUUGAUGAACCGAUUUAUUUUUAUUCUUUAUUUUUUUGUUCCUUCGCGCCGUCAGUUCUCGAGCAGAACUUUUUUGUUUUUGUUUUUUGGCGCAGCAAGCAUUGUGAGGGACUUUGUUAUCUUUUUUCAUUGUCUCCACUCCCUUCCUCCCUCCCCUGCUGCCUGGGCUGCUGAGGGGGGGAGGGAGGGGGGAGGAAGGUGUGCUGUGGUGUCUGAGUGGUACAGGUGUUGUGUGUGUGUUGUGCGGCCGCCUCGGUUAAUCUGCCUUGGUGCCCACGGCUGUAUGUGGCAAGUGAUUGUACCUGUUUUACUUUAUAAAUAAAUGUGAAAAUUGAAA